AUGAAUUCAAAAAUAAUUAUCCUAUUGAUCGCUAUUACAUUCUUUGCCGGUUCUUUACCAUCUGUCAAUGCUGCAGGUUGUCCUAAUCCAGCACCUUUUUGCGAUAAAGGGACCGAGGUAUGCAUCUUUAAUCAGAAUACUCAAACAUGCUCAUGUUCUUGCUGUGAUGAUGAUGGACGGAAUUGCGACCAAAAUUUUCCCUAA